AUGAACGGCACUCCCAAGGUCAACGGGGUCAACGGGGUCAAAGGGGUCAAUGGCCACGCAAAGGAUGGCUUGUCGCGCCAGUCCCUCGCAUCUCGGAAAUCAUCGUCCCCAAUGGCUCCGGCCUUUAUGACUUCAGCCCCAGGAAAAGUCAUCGUUUUUGGGGAACACGCUGUGGUUCACGGUAAAGCGGCAAUGGCAGCGGCCGUUUCCCUGCGAUCCUACCUCCUAGUUACGGCGCUCUCAAAGUCGCAUCGGACAAUUCAGCUUGUAUUCCCAGAUAUCGGACUCGACCACACCUGGAAUAUUGAUGACCUGCCAUGGCAUGUCUUCACAAAGACGACACGGAAACCUCGAUACUACGAUAUGGUCACGUCACUAGACCCCGAGCUGGUUUCUGCAAUGAAGUCACACAUCGAGACUGUGUCUACCCAUUUGAGCCCGGACAAGAGAAGGAUACAUCAGAAUGCGGCCUCUGCUUUCUUGUAUCUGUUUUUGUGCCUUCAGACGCCUGCUGCGCAGGCUUGUAUUUAUACCCUACGGUCUACGUUACCUGUUAGUGCAGGUCUCGGAUCGAGCGCAAGCAUUUGCGUGUGCAUUAGCGCUGCCCUUCUCAAACAGAUCCACGUCUUGUCAGGACCACAUCAUGAUCAGCCCGAGGAAGAAAUCCAGAUGCAACUUGAGAGAAUAAACAAAUGGGCCUUUGUUGGAGAGAUGUGCAUCCAUGGCAACCCCAGUGGGGUGGAUAAUACUGUCGCAACACAUGGAAGAGCUGUUCUAUUCAAGAGACUCGACUAUUCCAAGCCUCCAAGCGCCACGCCACUCAAAGACUUUCCCGAACUUCCAUUGAUGUUGGUCAACACGAAACAACCCCGCACAACCGCGGCGGAGGUCGCUAAAGUCGCUGCAAUGAAGAAGAAAUAUCCAGCCGUGACGGAGGCGACACUUGACAGCAUUGACGAAGUAACCAUGUCAGCACAUUCUCUGAUCACGUCGGACGAAUUCGACCCCACGUCAGAGCAAAACAUCGAGCAUCUGGGAGAUCUGUUCCGCAUUAAUCACGGGUUGCUGGUGUCGCUUGGGGUUUCUCAUCCCAAGUUGGAACACAUUCGGGAGUUGGUGGAUUACGCCGAUAUUGGCUGGACCAAACUUACGGGUGCUGGAGGCGGGGGAUGCGCCAUCACGUUACUCAAGCGAGGCGUCGACCCAGCCGCGAUUGUCGACCUGAAGCAAAAGUUUGAGGCGGCAGGCUUUGAGGAGUACACUACUACGCUAGGGGGUAAUGGUGUCGGCAUGCUCUAUCCAGCGGUCUUGCACAAUGGCACAGAAGAGGAAGGAGGCGAGGAAAUUGACCAACAGAAGUUUCUCAACGCCAAAGGUGAAGAGGGAAUCGAGGCGUUGGUUGGUGUCGGCCUUGACGAGAGGCGACCCGAAUGGAAGUUCUGGAGGUAG